AUGGCCACGAGCCGUGACCCAGAAUCAACGAAAACCAUUGCCGCUGAUGGUAAAUCCAACAGUGAGAAUGUCCAUGAGUUCAGCGAGCAAACAAAUUACGUACCAAAGCGCGCCAUCAUCACAAUAUUUCUAGCAUGCGCAAGCGUAGAUCUUUUGGCGCUGAUGGAUCAAACCAUGCUGGCGACAAGUUUAUACAUCAUAGGAAACGCCUUGGGCUCAACAUCACAGGUCUCGUGGAUAUCCAGCGGAUACUUCAUAACCUCGACGGUAGGACAGCUCAUGUAUGGGCGCCUAUCAGAUAUUUGGUCUCGCAAAGUCAUUCUUCUCGUGGGACUUGCCAUAUUCUUCAUUGGAUCCCUCGCCUCAUCUCUAGCAGAGACUGUGCUGCAACUUACCGUCUUUCGCGCCAUUACUGGUAUUGGGGGCGGUGGUUUGAUGACGGUUGCGCAACUGAUAGUGAGCGACGUGGUUCCACUGCGAGAGAGGGGGAAAUAUCAAGGUAUCUUGGGCGCCGUGGUCGCGAUCGCCAAUGGUGUUGGACCCGUGGUGGGCGGUGCACUAUCUUCAAGUUCUGAGGAUUCAUGGCGAUGGAUCUUCAGAAUGCAGCUACCUUUGACUCUGAUAACAACGCUGUGUGUAUUAUUUUUCAUGCCACUGAAGAGUGUGCCAGGAGAUUGGAAGCUGAAGCUCAAGGCUGUUGAUUUUCUAGGCAUAUUUCUUGCCUUGGCUGGAAUGACCGUUGUUAUUCUGGGACUAACUUGGGGGGGUCAGGACUACGCCUGGAAUUCUGCUCAGGUAAUUACGACUUUGGUGGUGGGCACGGCAGUAUCUGUCGCUUUUAUGAUGUGGCAAUGGAAGGGCCCUAAAUAUCCAUUGAUACCUUUACACAUCUUCAAAUCCAGGAUCGUCAACGGUGCAUGUUUAACCAUGGCCAUCAAUGGCUGGAACUUUGUUGUGCAAGUCUACUACAUCCCCUCCUUCUACCAACUCGUCUACGGCUACUCUGCCACCAAAGCCGGCGCGAUGCUGCUCCCAAUCACACUUCUGCAGACAGCAAGUAGUACUCUCUCCGGUCUGGUAGUACACUGGAUUGGUCGGUAUCGUGAGUGUAUUCUCUUCGGUUGGCUAUGCUGGGCAGUUGGCCUGGGCUUGAUGUCAACUCUUGACGAGAAUACGGGGAUUGGGAAACAAAUUGGUUAUUCUGUGCUCAUUGGAGCAGGAGUGGGUAAUACUUUACAGCCUGCGCUCAUUGCUACGCAAGCUGGUGUUGAGCGGCGUGAUAUGGCAGUUGUCACAUCAUUUCGCAAUUUUGUCAGGAACCUUGGUGCAACCCUAGGUCUUGCAGUAUGCGGUACAGUGCUGAACAACGUCUUAGCAAGCUCAUUGUCCUCCCUAGACCUGAAUGAUCACGACUCAAAAACAUUGCUAGGAAACCCUCAGACUUUUCUAGACACAGUCUCUACAAGUGAGGCUGAGAGAAUUCGAUCAGUUCUCAUCCCGGCAUACAGACAGGGUUUCCGCAUAAUCUUCCUCACUGGCGCAAGCUUAGCAAGCGUUGCAUUCAUCCUAGCCUUCGUCCUCAUGCCGCAGGUUGAUCUCACUCGUCCGGAUGACUCCCGGUUGAAGGAAGAAGGCCGCAGGGCAUACGAGGAGAAACGAAGUCAAAUUGGGGUGUAG